AUGCCUUCAACAUAUAAAAGGGAUAAGCCCUGGGAUACAGAUGACAUUGACAAGUGGAAGAUUGAAGAAUUCAAGCCUUCUGAUAACGUAGGCGGCACAUUCACGGAGGAAUCCUCUUUCGUUAGCUUGUUUCCCAAGUACAGAGAGAUCUAUCUAAGGGAGGUAUGGCCGCUGAUAACCAAAGCGCUGGAGAAGAACGGUAUAGCAUGCACGCUGGAUUUGGUGGAGGGUAGCAUGACCGUCAAGACCACCCGAAAGACAUUCGACCCUGCCGCUAUCCUGAAAGCAAGAGAUCUGAUCAAGCUGCUGGCAAGAAGUGUUCCAGCCCCACAAGCAUUGAAAAUCCUCGAGGAUGACGUCGCAUGCGAUAUCAUCAAGAUCCGUAACCUGGUCCGGAAUAAGGAGAGAUUCGUAAAGAGACGACAGCGCAUUCUGGGGCCCUCUGGAUCCACACUAAAAGCCCUCGAACUGCUUACAAACACAUAUCUACUCGUUCAGGGAAACACCGUUGCCGCUAUGGGCCCCUUCAAGGGCCUAAAAGAAGUCCGUCGAGUUGUAGAAGACUGCAUGAACAACAUUCACCCAAUAUACCAUAUUAAAGAACUAAUGAUCAAACGAGAACUUGCCAAGGAUCCUCAAUUGGCAGAGGAAUCCUGGGACAGGUUCCUUCCGCAACUGAAGAAACGGACCCUUAGCAAAAGACGGAAACCAUUCAAGGUCACCGAUAAAUCAAAGAAGGUUUACACACCAUUCCCACCUGCUCAGGAGAAGAGUAAGGUUGAUCUACAGAUCGAGAGUGGUGAAUAUUUCCUUAGCAAACAGGCCAAAGAAAGAGCUCGAAAAGAGGAAAUCAUGGAGAAGCAGCGGGAAAAAAGGGCGGAGAAGAUGAAGGAGCAGGAAAAAGAUUAUAUUCCGCCGAAGGAAGAUACUGGUGAGAAGAAGAAAAAGAAACGAAAGCGACAUGAGGACUAUGAUGAGGAUGCCAGGAAUGGAGACGAUGUUGAGAAGAAAGUCAAACAUAAAAAGAGCUCCAAGAAGGAGAAAGCAUGA